AUGCGUUUUCCCAAAUCAGUAAAAGAAACAAAAACAUCCCACCCUAACAGCCUAAAAAAACAAAAACGUACCCAUCCUCUCCUCUCGACACUCCCUUCGCCUCUUCCUUCGUGCGCGCCGGCCGCCUUCCUCCCCACCGCGCCGGCCGCGUCCCUCCCCACCGCGUCGGCCGCGUCCCUCCCCACCGCGCCGGUAACCUUCCUCCCCACUGCGCCGGCCGCAUUCCUCCCCACCGCGUCGGCCGCGUCCUUCCCCACCACGCCGGCAGCCUUCCUUCCCUCCCCGCCUGCUUCGUCUUCCUCCCUCUACCAGCGCCGUCGUCCUCCCUCCACCCUAGCGCCGCCCCUCCCUUCACCGGCCGCCCUGCCUUCCUCCACCGACCACUGGCCACCGGAGGUGCGGAUACUGCCUCAACCACCUGCUCCCACCCCCCGCCAUGACCCCUCACCGUUGGGUCGCUGGAUCCCGUCUGUCGAGCGCCGGAUCUCGUCAGCCCUGGAGUCGCGCGAACACGCAGCACCCAUCUUGGCCACGGCCGCCAUCCCCCUACCCCCGAGCUCCACUCCAGAAUCCCGCCUUUUACCCCUCAAGAUCCAGCGCCGGGAUCCUACUGUUGGUUGUGCGUCUACUACUCAAAACCCCGCAAUAGUUCAACGAAAAAUGUCUACAUCAGUUUCAACUAAAAAGACCAUAAGUUCAGAGGAAGAAAAAGAUCACGGGCGCGUUUUGGUCCACGCAGGCCACCAGAGGAAUAAAAAAUGUUUCUUCAUUCAGUUCAGGUUGCUCUAGGAUUUGUCCAUGUUCUGGAGGGAAGUAAUUAACUUGUGGUUUGCAGUGGGACCUACUGUAUAACAAAUAUGUGUCAGCAAAUAUGUGUUGAACAUUGUUGAUUGGAGGGAUGUGUACUGAUGUACCUUUCUUGCUGGAUCCUUCUUUUAUAGAAUAAACAUUUG